GUCCCCGUGCCCUGGAACUUUCAGCCUUCACAGAGACCGACUUCAGGUCCGCCACUAUCCCAGGAUUCCCGACUCCCAGUUUCCUGCCCUCCCCUCCCAGCUCCCGGCGUCUGAGGGAGCGGCAAGAUGGCGGACGGUGACGGCCUGGGUGAAGCCGCGACUACUGCGGCCUCUUCUCCUGUACCUACUCCCGGCCUGAGCCCGCCGCUGGGCUGGAGGGAGCGGCUGCGGGCAGGGCUGGCAGGGACUGGGGCCUCGCUGUGGUUCGUGGCGGGGCUGGGGCUGCUUUAUGCUCUGAGAGUCCCGCUGAGGCUGUGUGAGAAUUUGGCAGCGGUGACAGUAUUUUUAAAUUCAUUGACACCCAAAUUCUAUGUGGCCCUUACAGGGACAUCUUCUUUGAUAUCAGGACUAAUAUUUGUAUUUGAAUGGUGGUACUUCCAUAAGCAUGGCACAUCUUUUAUUGAGCAAGUAUCUGUAAGCCAUUUGCGACCACUGAUGGGAGGAACAGAAAGCAUUUCAGAGCCAGGUUCUCCUUCCAGGAACAGAGAGAGUGAAACUAGCAGACACAAUUUGUCAGAAUGCAAGGUAUGGAGAAACCCUCUAAAUCUUUUCAGAGGAGCAGAAUAUAGGAGAUACACUUGGGUGACUGGUAAAGAGCCACUUACAUACUAUGACAUGAAUUUGUCAGCUCAGGACCAUCAGACCUUUUUCACCUGUGACACGGACUUUUUACGUCCUUCAGACACAGUUAUGCAGAAGGCAUGGAGGGAAAGAAAUCCUCCAGCUCGAAUCAAAGCAGCCUAUCAAGCUUUAGAAUUAAACAAUGACUGUGCCACUGCAUAUGUUCUACUGGCUGAGGAAGAAGCAACAACUAUUGUAGAUGCCGAAAGGUUAUUUAAACAGGCACUCAAGGCAGGAGAAACAAUUUAUAGGCGGUCACAGCAGUGCCAGCACCAAAGUCCUCAGCAUGAAGCUCAACUGAGGAGAGAUACCAACGUACUGGUAUAUAUUAAAAGAAGAUUGGCAAUGUGUGCAAGAAAAUUAGGAAGAAUAAGAGAGGCAGUAAAAAUAAUGAGAGAUUUGAUGAAAGAAUUUCCUCCUCUUACCAUGUUGAACAUCCAUGAAAAUCUCCUAGAAUCACUUUUAGAAUUACAAGCCUAUGCAGAUGUUCAGGCAGUCCUAGCAAAAUAUGAUGAUAUAAGCCUUCCAAAGUCAGCAGCAAUCUGUUAUACAGCAGCACUAUUGAAGACAAGAACUGUUUCAGAUAAAUUCUCUCCAGAAACAGCCUCCAGAAGAGGGUUAAGCACAGCAGAAAUUAAUGCUGUGGAAGCAAUUCACAGAGCUGUGGAAUUUAAUCCGCAUGUUCCAAAAUAUUUACUAGAGAUGAAAAGUCUAAUUUUACCUCCAGAACACAUUCUGAAACGGGGUGAUAGUGAAGCAAUUGCCUAUGCUUUCUUUCAUCUUCAGCACUGGAAGCGAAUAGAAGGUGCUCUUAAUCUGUUACAGUGUACAUGGGAAGGCACUUUUAGAAUGAUUCCAUACCCAUUAGAGAAAGGCCAUCUAUUCUACCCUUAUCCCAGCUGCACAGAGACCGCUGAUAGAGAGCUAUUACCUACCUUUCAUCAUGUUUCUGUUUACCCAAAGAAGGAGCUUCCUUUUUUCAUCCAUUUCACAGCAGGACUGUGCUCUUCUACAGCAAUGAUAGCUCUUCUCACACACCAGUUUCCUGAAAUCAUGGGUGUUUUUGCUAAAGCUUUCUAAGGAUUUGCUGAACUUUAAAUUCAAGAGAACAACUAGGAUGGAGAAUAGGUAGGUAAGAUGAGAAAUAUGGGACAUUUGCCCUGGGUACAGAAUGUGCCUCUUUACUCAAAGGUUCUCCCUGUUAUUGUAUCUGCAUGUUCUUAUUGACCUUCCCCAACAUUGGGUUUAGAACCAUAUAUAGAGCUUUAUUUUCAUUUUUACCCUUUAGUUUUGAAGUGCUUCCCCAUUUCUUGACCCAGGUCCAGAAAGUACUUGAGGAUUGAUAUUAGAGAGGGUAUCCCAUGAUUAUUUACUCUUCUACAUAAACAUAAUUAAUGUCACUGGCUUAAAGGGAAAUUACCAAAGAUAAGUCCUUUUAAGUCUCCAAGCCUUUUAAAAAAACGUGUCUUUCUUGUAUGUCUUCGCAUUUUCACCAGAUCAUAAGAGUUCAAACCCAAAAAGAAAAUGCUGAUGCAUUAUAUUCCCAAAUAGAAAAGCACUGAUUACUGUAGACACACUAGCCCUUACUUGGUAAUGUAAUUUCUAUGUUUGUCUCUAUAUGCCUCCAUUCUAACUCCCUGUUUCCUCACAGUUUCUUUUCUUGCCUUAAGAAUAGUUUAUUUUGUGCCUUAACGAUUAGUUGGUUUUCUUCUGGCACCAGUAGUAAUAGCACUGGUUUCCCUUUUUCCCUGAAGGUCAACUGUAUAAUGUGUUAAGUUGCCACUGGCUGUAGGCCUAGGAGUCUGAAACUGCACUUGAUUCUGGUCAAGCUUCAAGAAGAAUGACUUUCUACUGGUGUUCAGGGAGUAUAGAUAUUUGAGUUGGAAACUGACUAUUCUGUUUCCUUUUAGUGUGAAAAGGAAGCUUAGUGAUCAUACCAUAACUCUGUUGUUUGCAGUGGUACUGACUGGGGAGCCAAGUGUGUCUCAUACUGAAAUGACCUUACUGUGUAAUCUGGCAUAGAAAAAAAAUUGACUAGAAAGGGAAUCUCAUCCAUUUAACAACUGGAAAAAAAUAUGCAGCUGUUUAUUUGAGAUCACAGGCAAGCAGUGGGAGAGAUGCUCCUUAGAUAGUGGGAAGGAGGUAAAAUAUAACAAGCAGGGAGACCUAGAAUCUGGAAUAGAUAUGUAGCUAUUGUAAGUAGUGUACUUACAUGAGGUACUGGCUAAAAUUAAUGUGGAAUGUGCUCACUAUCUGUUCUAUCCAUCAUCAUUGGUAUAUAGUGUCUGCCUGUACCUAAGAGAUCACUGACGAACCAGAAGAGCCUUUAAGAUUACAUAGCACAAGCUCCUUAGCACUCCUCUAGCACAGUCUGAGAAUGAAUACUUAUGCAUUUUAAAGUAGAAACUUCUUUUUUAGACCAAAAGUUAUUAAUUUACUGUGAUGCUAGUUGAUGAACAAUAAACAGGCAUUUAUUUUCUAUCUUUUGGUGUUCGUAUAGUUCAUGAUGUAUAGUGUUAAAAAUGUGCCUGAGAGCAAACUUUUACAGCCACGUUUUAUCCUUGUGGCCUUUAUGUGUACAUUUUAAGUUCCUAAAGCUAAGUAUUUACAGAAAGUACCUGCAAACCAAUAUUUGGUAUGCAGCAGUUCCAAGGGCAUGUUCCGUUUAAGAAUUAAUGAAAAUGAUUACGUUAUAGGCAGUCUCCAAAUUAUAAACACAAUGUAUAAAUGCCUCAACAGACAGAUAGCCAGCUAGGGAGCUAGAGGCUCAAAUUCUACUUCCUAACACUUAGUAAAGUGUGGUCUAUGCAGUAGGAGCAUCACCAUCACCCAGGAGCUUGUUAGAAAUGCAGAACCUCAGGCACCACUCCAGACCUCCUGAAUUGGCAUUUUAACAAGAUCUCCAGGUGAUCCUAUAUGCACAUUUAAAGCUUGAGAAGCCCUGCUCUGCUCUACCCCCAAUAAGAGGAAUUUAGAAUGCCAGGAUAGUGCCACCUCUUCACAGUGGAGAAGGGGCGGCAUUGCAGAGUAGUUAUGAGCAUAGGUUUUGGAGCCAGACUGCUUUGCUUUGAAUUCCAGCCCUGACACUUUAAUGGCUGUGCAGUCUCGGGUAAGUUACUUAACCUUUUCUCCCCCUCAUUGUAAAAUGAGAAUAGUACUAUUUUUGUGAGGGCUAAAUGAGUUUAAAAUAUGUCAAGUGUUUAGAACCAUGUCUGCCCAUAGUAAAAACUAGGUGAGUGUUCGCUGUUGUCGACACCGUCUUUGUCAUCAUCAUCACCAAAGUGCAGCUAUAGUGGGAAACCCUAUCCCCUUCACAUUUGGAGGAGCUAUGUCCAAAUAGUAAACUCAAAAUGCAUUUUCCCAUAGAAGUUAUAGUAUAAAUGGUGGUUGAGUGUCAUUUAACCAGUACUGUUAGUACUAUACUUCUGGUACAUCAUGUGUAUGUGAACCACAGAAAGUGGAGAAAUGUUUCAAAUUCUAGGCACUGGCAAACUACAUUGUAGAACAGAACCUAUUUGUAAGUUGCAAACUGCCUAUGUUAAGAUUUUCUGUUAAGUCAGAUAUUUGAUGGCCAAAUACAGUAGAAAUCAAUGAGAAAUCUUGGAAACAUACUUGUUCUUCUAUUUGGUAAGGCAAAGCAAUUUAAGAAAAUUUCCUAAAUUUCUUCCAUUGUUACCAUUGUCUCUUCCUCAUCUAAUAUCUUUUUUGUAUUAGCUCACAUGCUAGAGUGAACUCAAUUUGAAUUUGUUAAAAUGGAUUUUUUACAAAAGUUGCUUUUCUGUGAAGCAAGCACUAGGGAUUAAUGAUUUUUAAUAAUCCUCUCUGUACAUCAGAUUUAAGUAAAUGGAAGGGAAUGAACUAGAAUGGUUAGUGGUUUUAGUGCGCCUUCUCCUUUUGCAUGGUUUAAAGCUAUGUGGAAUAAGACUUCAUUUUCAGCAAGUUAGUACUUUUUUUUCCCUGAUUUUUCUCCUGGCUGAGAUGAAAACCUCGUCUGAUAGGAGACAUAGAGCAAUGAAAAAAAAUUGCAUAAAUCCCUGGAGAUGUGGAAUGUGCUGAUAUCAGAACUGAUAUUCUCCAAGGCUAGAAUUCCUGAAAAAGAAAGAAUUGCUUUUAAGUGGUAGGUCAUUUUCUCACCUGCUUUGAAGCCUGCUGGGUUAAAUAUGAGAGUUCAAAGUAAGGGUAGCCAGCAAACCAAAUGAACUGGAAUCUGAUUCUGCUUAUCUGAAAGGAGCUUCUUUAUUUAAAAGCAACACUGUCCUGUCCUUAGAGAACCAAUCUUCAUCUUCUCUGGCCCCUUUCAUUUCUCUCUUGCAAGAAAAGCUUUCUUCUUAGUAAGCCUGGGGAGGGCGUUAUCACAACAGUGAAAAGACUAAAGAUGGUCUUUAGAGAUUUCACUAACUUACAGAUGAAUUCAGGCUUGUGGCAUGUGACCUUAGUGCUCUGAAUUCAAAAGUGUGUUUGAAUAUAAAAAUCCGUAGUUGGGUUUUAACUAAAUAGGACAGCCUUUGCAAUGUUGGCAGAAAAAGGUGUUACUGGUAAAGACAGAAAUCAAAAAGAUUCCCAAAUAAAUUGUUUGUUUCACUAAGGCAAAACUUGGUUGAAAUUUGUUUCAGUGAACACAUAUUAUAGCUCUGCUGAGGUGGGAAUGGGCCCUGUUUCCACAUAUUUCUACUAAUCUUUAUGUGGGAAAAUGUGGUUGGACAUGCUAGUGAUGCAUUUCUGAGCAACUCAUAAUUGGCUCGCUUCACUGUAACUAGGGCCUAACAAUCUGCUUGAUUAAUUCUUUAAGAACUGCAUUAGCCAAGUUGUAUGAUUUCCAAAGAUAUAGAAGGUCAGAUGUUACACUAACAAAAGACCUCUCUACAGAAUGUCUGACGUGGAUUUCUUCAGCCCCUUCCCAAAAAUAAUUAACAUUUUUCUUUUCAGAUUACAUUUUUAAAAAUAAUAAGCAGAUAUAAAUGGCCAAGUGUCUUUUACUGAAUAGUGAUCAAAAACUUUUGAGGAGGUUUGUCCACUAUUCUCAUCAUUUUUUCCAGGGCAAAGAUCAUCUUCAUAACUAGGGGAGUUUAUAGGCAAUUAUAGCUAUAUAUUGAUAUAUAUGAGUAGAAAAAUGUUAUUAUUUUUAAAGGUUCCUAAUUUUCCAUUGUCAUAACCAGUGAAAUGAAAUAUGUUCGUAGGUGAAAGUUUUUUUUUUAUAUUCUCCAUCUGACUUCAUUAAUACUAAAAACCUAUGAUAGUUGUAUUCCUCUUUAUUAAAUACAUAGGGCCACAUUCAGAAAUUAAACUGACAAUUAAAAUAAAUUUCUUCAAAAUGGAUUAUUUUUCAAAGCUGUGAGACUUCUUUAGUUCGUAAGAACUGAUAGAGCUUUUAAAACAUUUUGCAUUGUAACUGAGCUUAUAUUCCUGUAAAAUAUUGUUCUGUAACCAUGCUAUUUACACAGUAAUAAAGCUGAGGUAUUUCCCAGAGACUAUCCUGAUAAUAAAAUGAGCCUAUUAGGUGACAGGUCAAAAUUUUUAAAUGUUUACAUUUUUGUUCCCUUGUUUGUGCCGCUGAAGUCUUUAUUUGGGCAGUCUAGCAUAUUCCAAUGUUGCUUUUCUUAAUUAACUGGGAUAUUUGUAGCAAGAGAAAAGAUAUUUUCUACUUCGUAUAAGGGUAUUUCUCAUGCUUCAUCCUCAUUGUUUUCCGUCAAAAAGAAUUAGACCGAGAAAUCUAUGAAAUUGCUAAUUUUCUUAUUUAUCCAAGUUUUCUAAGUACAGAAAUCUUCAAAGAAAAAAAAAAAGAAUAAAAGUUAGGACAAUGUACUUUUUAAUGCAUGUCUAUAUCCUUUCCUCAGGGUUUAAUUCAGUUUUGAAGUUUUUGGAAAGCACCCUCUUUGCCUAUUAACAUGUGCCUGUCAAUUAUGAAGUUCACAAAAGCUCUCCCUGAAUUUAUUUGGCACUAUAUUUAAUCAUCUUUUCCCGCCCAAAGUGAAAGUCUCAGUGCCAAAGUUUAGGACAUCUUGUCACUAACUGUUACUAAUAUGUUUAUUGCUUAAUCAUUAGCAUUUGGGGCAAAUGGACUACAUAGCAGUUUUUAGAAGCGCUGUGUUUAGAUAUUGAUGUAAAUCACUCAUUCCAAACCGAUUACACUAGUGAUAUUAGAAUUCACAUUAGGAAACCUACUAAUUUUUGUUUUAGAAAACAUCUUUGUUUUUUGAAGACCCAGCAUAGUCCUCUAAAUGCAGAGAAUAAUAGGAUACAGAAGAAAAUUAUAAUCUUGAGGAAUAGUUUUUAGCUUUUUCCUUGAGUGGAAUUUUGCUCCUUCCCCUACCAAUCAAAUUUCUAAUGCUCAAAAGAACUAAAUUAGUAUGCCUACUUAAUAUUAAAUUAUACUUAUUAUUAAAUUAGUAUGACUACUUAUUAACUUACAAUUCUAAACCAUGAGUAAUUUGGACUUCAUUUAGUUAUCUUUUUUUAAGAGUUUAUACUUAUACUCUCAUUUUCUUCUUACUAGAGCCAUUGUGAGACAGAUUGUGAUCUUCCAUUGUUAUAAUGGGGAAGUUUGAGUCAUUAAAGUUAAGUGAUUUGCUUGAAAUCACACAAUAGAUAGCUCUGUACUCAUGAUAUAUAUGCUUGGUUUCAAUAAUAUAUCACUUCACAACUUACACCAAAACAAGUACAAAAGAAUAAAUUUCAAACCAAAUAUAGUAAUGCUGAGCAGAUAUAGAAUGAUGGAGUGGUGACAGUAAAGUGGUUUUGCUAAAGUCUUCCUAUAGGAGAUGAAUUUGGAGAAGAGUUUUAAAUGAAGAGGCCAAUGUGGAUUGUCAGAAAAUAGAAAGGGCACUUAGGUUGCAGAACUACUUACUGUAAAGGCAGCCAUAAGUAGACAAGCUACCUGGAGAACUCUUCACAGUAUAAGCCUAUUUGAUGAACUCUGUACUUUAAAAUAAAGAAUGCACAUUUGCUUUUCUGCUUUCAGACUGAUUCACUCUAAUUUCAUUCCUGUUCUUGCUAGCAAGCCACUUAAGAAAGAAUGCUGUUUGCUCAUUUAUAUUAUAUACUCACAACUGUAUAAAGAAUUUCAGCCUUUCUAAUUGUCUGAAAUGUACAGUAAUACUAAAAAAACAGUAGGCACUGUUUGUAAUGAUUCAGAGGGAAUUUGAUUGACUCUCUGAAGUAAAAAAAAAAAAAGUCUUAAUAUAAUGUAUAAAUGUAUAUCUUAUGUUUCAACAUCACUCUUUCAGAAUCAAAGGGUAAAUGUGAAGGAUUAUGGGGGAAGUUUAACUGAACAGAAUAAACUUUCUGUCUAAAAUACCAUAACUCUUGGGUAUUUUUUGCUAAAGUGGGGAUCUUAGGUGUCAGGUGUAUUUAUAGUAGUUGUACCAAUAGGUAGGAAACCUACGUAUGUUCCUUAAUGCUGAUGAGGCCUCAAUGAAAGAUUGGGUGUUAAUGGUAUUCUAUCUGAAUUUAAGGAAAAAAUAAAAUUAUCUCUCUCAGUUCUAUAAUAACAUUAGAUUGCCUUAGGUCCAUCUUGACAGCCAGCUUCAAGAAAAGAAAUUAUUUGGGCUUCAGAUGAUGCUCAACAAAAUUAAGAGAACUGAUAUUUAGAGAAGUCAGACCACAUAAAUACCCUCUGACCUCAUCCUGUAAUUUCAAGCAUUCUGGAAAUGAAACGUGUACGUACUAUUCAAAGUGUAGAAAGGGGCUAUAUUCCCAUUGAGCACUCUUACGUAUUACCAAUAUGAUAUACAGAGAAAGAAGCAGUUUGGGGGAGAAUUUAAAAAGGGAGCAUAUUCUCACACUCUUGGUUAGAAACAUGCCAGCUCGUUUUCAUCUAUUCAGUAUGCUGGAGUCCCAAUUUCUUUCUGAGGCCAGAGUUCAAGCUUUUACUCUCAGGUAGCAGCAGCUUUACAAUUAAAUUUUAAUCCCUCAGUGUUGUUAGACUCCCAUCUAGAGUAUAGCCACAACUGUUUUUGGCAGGCAGAUACAUUGCUGUUUUUCCUUCCGUCACAGUAAGAUAGAAGAAUGUUCUCUGGCUGGGGUGUGGAUGAAGGCACUUUACUAAUCUUAUAAAUAAUUCAUCUUUGGUUGCUGGGGUACUCAGAGUUGAAACUUUGCCCUCUGAUAAAAUUCAGCUGGACUUUUUAUUUACUUCACUCUGAUCCCUUUGGGAUUUAGCCCUUGUUGGGAGCCCAGGGAUUCUAAUUCAACUAAGCCCUAGCCGUGUAGAUUUUUCUUAUUAAUUUUCUCUUGGUGUAUUUUAGCUAUUGGAAUACUACCUUAAAAAAAUGCA